AUGGAUGCGCGGGUUUCUGAGUUGUUUGCCUUAGAAAAUGGACACGACUGCGGCUGCUCUAGGACUGAAGUGAACCCGGGGAAUGGUUACGGACAGAACCCCGCAACCAAAAGAAAGAAGAAAAGACCAAUCGCGCGUCACUUUCGCAGUUUUAAACCGAGCCACAACACCACCACAUAUCUUCCUCCAGAGGUAGAAGAAGGUAACAUAGAGUAUAAGCUGAAGCUGGUGGACCCUACACAAAGCCGUUUUGAGCACCUCGUAACACAAAUGAAAUGGCGGCUUCAGGAGGGUCGCGGCGAAGCUGUCUAUCAGAUUGGGGUUGAGGAUAAUGGUAUGUUAGUGGGACUGUCAGAGCAGGACAUGAAGGCGUCUCUCACCACCCUCCAUAAGAUGGCUGAGAAAGUCGGUGCUGAUAUCACCAUCCUUCGGCAUGCACAGGUGGACUACGACUCUGAUAAGCCUCUUACCAUUGCUGAAGUCUUAAUCCGUAAAGUGCCAGAUGACCAGCAGUUCCUGGACCUGCGAGUCGCCGUACUCGGUAAUGUGGACUCGGGCAAAUCGACUCUGCUAGGUGUUUUGACUCAAGGUGAACUGGAUAAUGGACGGGGAAGAGCGAGACUCAACCUUUUCAGGCACCUUCAUGAAAUCCAGACUGGCCGAACGUCGAGCAUCAGCUUUGAAAUCCUUGGUUUCAACAGUAAAGGGGAGGUUGUGAACUACAGCGAGUCUCGGACAGCAGAGGAAAUUUGCGAAAGCGCCUCAAAAAUGAUCACUUUCAUAGAUCUGGCAGGCCACCACAAAUACUUGAAGACCACCAUCUUUGGACUAACCAGCUACUGCCCUGAUUUCGCCAUGCUUGUUGUCGGAGCAAAUACUGGCAUCGUUGGCACGACGCGAGAGCACCUGGGCCUGGCCAUGGCCCUGAAGGUGCCCAUCUUCAUCGUUAUCAGCAAAGUGGACUUGUGCACGCGGGCCACUGUGGACCGAACGGUGCGGCAGCUGGAGCGACUCCUCAAGCAGCCGGGAUGCAACAAGGUGCCCAUGGUUGUGGCCAACACAGAUGAUGCUGUCGCCGCCGCGCAGCAGUUUGCCCAGUCGCCCAACAUUACACCAGUCUUUACUGCAUCCAGCGUGUCCGGAGAGAACCUGGACCUGCUUAAGGUCUUCUUCAACAUCAUUCCUCCGCUUAGCAACAGCAAGCAACAGGAAGAGCUCAUGCAGCAGCUCACUGAGUUUCAGGUGGAUGAGAUCUACACGGUCCCAGAAGUGGGAACUGUGGUGGGUGGUACAUUGUAUAGUGGUAUUUGCCGCGAGGGAGACAAUCUGGUGGUUGGGCCCACAGAAUUGGGCCGCUUCCAUAAAUUGACUGUUGGGAGCAUCCAGCGGAACCGUUCUGCUUGCAGGGUGCUCCGAGCCGGACAGGCUGCCACUCUGGCGCUGGGCAACUUUGACCGCACGUUGCUGCGAAAGGGAAUGGUGAUGGUGAGUCCAGAGAUGGACCCAACCAUUUGCUGGAUAUUUGAGGCUGAGAUUGUGCUGCUCUUCCACUCCAAAACCUUCCACAAGGGCUUCCAGGUGACCGUGCACAUAGGCAACGUUAGACAGACCGCCACGGUGGAGGCUGUCUAUGGCAAGGAAGAGCUGAGGACCGGGGAGAAGGCAGGCGUCCAGUUCAAAUUCCUCAAACAUCCCGAGUACCUGAAGAUGGGGGCUAAGGUGCUCUUCAGGGAGGGCGUCACCAAGGGCGUUGGCCACAUUACCAAGCUGCAUCCCAUCGCGCGCUAUCGCCAUGACCCGGAAAGCGACGAAGAUGACGACGACGAUGACGACGAUUAG